AUGGCGAUGCACGCUCUCACGUGCGAAGAGCAACCACGCUUCUCCGUCUCCGUCGUCGUCGUCGUCGUCGUCGUCUUUCUUGCCAAACCUAAACGCAAACACUAUUGCCUUAUACCAUGCGCACCCUUCGUCAUGUGGCGCCACGUAAACUACUCGCCAAUGGAACCGCGCCACGUAACCCAAGGACACGCGCUGCGCACCGGCGCGCAGUUUAUAGCAGUCGAGAACCGCGGGUUUUCUUUUCUCAAAGAAUAA